GAAGGCUCCACUUCGGCACCUCUCUCUCUCUCUCUCUGACUCUCUCCCUCUCUGUUUCCCUCGCUCUGCCUCACACACAGCUCUCUCUAGGGUUUCUGAAUUCGGAGGGAGAGAGGAAGAAGAAGAAGAAGAAGUAAACAAGCUGCAACAGAGAAAGAGGAUCGGAGCCAGGCUAUGGAGGACGACGAGGGAGGGGCGAUGGCGGAGGAGGCGAUCGUUGCCAACGGAGGGGAGGAGGAGGAGAGGCGGGGCAGCAAGGCUAUGGUAAGUAGCGAGCAGAUCGACGUGGAAGCGUACGCUGCCCUUUAUACCGGGCACACCAAGGUCAUUCGCCUUUUCUUCAUCGCGGACCACUGCGGCAACGAGGCCGUGCAGGUCGAGGCCCUCAGGAUGGCCCACGACGAGAUCAAGAAGACGGAGAACACGCAGCUCCACCGCGAGGUCGUCCAGAAGAUCGGCGGCCGCCUGGGCCCAGAAUACGGCCUUGACCAGGCCUGGGUCGACGCCAUCGAGCACCGAUUCCAGCUCAAGAAGGACAAGCUCGAGAACGAACUCAGCGGCUACAAGACAAAUUUAAUCAAAGAAAGCAUAAGGAUGGGAUUUAAUGAUUUUGGAGAUUUCUACUAUGCUCAUGGACACCUUGGAGAGGCAUUUAAGAGUUAUGUCCGUACACGUGAUUAUUGUACUUCGUCGAAGCAUAUAAUUCAUAUGUGCUUGAAUGUCAUUUUGGUCAGCAUUGAAAUGGGCCAGUUUAUGCAUGUGUCUAAUUAUGUCGGUAAAGCCGAACAAACUCCAGAAGUGCAGGACCCCAUUAUAGUUGCAAAGCUUCGCUGUGCCCUAGGAUUGGCUCAUCUAGAAGCUAAGCAUUACAAACUUGCUGCCCGUAAGUUUCUGGACACAAAUCCUGAACUUGGAAAUAACUACACGGAGGUGAUUGCACCACAAGAUGUUGCAACAUAUGGUGGUCUUUGUGCACUUGCAUGUUUUGACAGAACAGAACUGAAGAAUAAAGUAAUAGACAACAUCAACUUCCGGAACUUUUUGGAACUUGUACCGGAAAUAAGAGAGCUCAUUCAUGAUUUCUAUGCUAGUCGUUAUGCAUCAUGCCUUGAAUAUCUUGAAAAUCUCAAGCCAAAUUUAUUGCUUGAUAUUCAUCUGCAUGAUCAUGUUGAAACACUAUAUGACCAGAUUCGACACAAAGCAAUAAUUCAAUAUACACAUCCAUUUAUCUCUGUGGAUCUGCAUACAAUGGCCAGUGCCUUUAAGACCACAGUUGCUGGUCUUCAGAAAGAGCUUGAAGCACUCAUCACGGACAACCAAAUCCAGGCUCGCAUUGAUUCUCACAAUAAAAUCCUUUACGCUCGCCAUGCCGACCAACGAAACACUACAUUUCAACGGGUGCUGCAGAAUGGUUCUGAGUUUGAGAGGGAAGUUCAUGCAAUGCUGCUGAGGGCUAAUCUGAUAAAGCACGAAUACACCAACCGAGCAUCAAAGAAACUAUGAUGUUCUGCAAGAUCUGGUACAUAUUGCUGCACCACUGAAAGACGAAUGUGUGCAAAAAUGUCAACUUUUUGGCUUGGGGGAGUUUUUGGUUUCAAUGAGGGCCAUCUGAUUCCACCUCAUCACGAUCUUUCUCCUGAGAGUAAAAUUCCACAGGACGCAACUGGAAUUUUGAUUGGAGAAACUUCGGUGAAUUCUUGGUUGGUUGUACCCAGUGGCAGAUCUCAUUCCACGUUUUCCAUUGCAUAAGACUCCUCCGCCAUGGUUCUGCCUUUAGGAUGGGCUCAAUCGCUGUCCAACAUGCUGUAGCUGCUAUCGAUUAAGGUGGCGGAUAUUGCAGUUUUAUCAGGGUUUCUUUUAUUCCAAUUGGAACUCAAGGUUCAAAUAUGUGAUUAAACUCUCUUAGUUAUGUUACUUGACUAUAUUUCUUGUUGGUUUUCU